AUGUUAUCCAGGUUAAUAUACAAUAAACCAAAAUUUAAAUUAACAAAGAUGAGUAUAUUUACGCAGACAUUUGAUCCAAUCACUGGCUGUUCUGUUUGGGAAGAAAAAAACCCUAAUUAUGACUAUCACCAGGAAGUAGCACGUUCAGCAUUUGCUGACAUGCUCCACGAUCAUGAACGAAACGAAAAAUAUUACUUGGCUCUUCGGAAAGCUAUCGACAAGAAACAUAAACAAGGAUUGAAGGCGAAUGUUUUAGAUAUUGGUACCGGUACAGGUUUGUUAUCAAUGAUGGCAGCUAAAUGUGGUGCUGAUACAAUAGUCGCGUGUGAGGCUUUUAGACCCAUGGCCGAGUGCGCAGAAGAAAUAAUAAAAAACAAUGGAUUCGAGUCCAAGAUUAAAUUAAUUAAGAAAAAGUCAACUGAGAUAAUCGUCGGUGAUAAUGGUGACAUGGAACGUCGAGCAAAUAUUCUCGUCACUGAAGUAUUUGACACCGAAUUGAUUGGCGAAGGUGCUUUGCCGACAUUUAAACACGCUCAUGAGCAUCUCUUAGAGAAAGACUGCAUCGUAGUUCCUGACAGCGGAACAGUAUGGGUCCAAGUGAUCGACAGCUUAACCGUGCGUAAAUGGAACCGCAUUAACGAGAUAAAAGAUCCAAAGACCGGGAGGGAAUUAAUGAAGCCACCUAGCUCAGUAAAUAAAUGCGCUGGUUCAUCGGCUGUCCACGACAUCCAACUGAGCCAGCUUCCCAGAGAGGCUUUCGUGGCUUUACUGGCGCCCCAGCCGAUUUUUAGAUUCGACUGGUCAGGAAAAGUUCCUCUGGUGUUUAACGAAAUAAAUACUCUGCAAUGCAACGCCAUCGCGUCUGGUACUGCCCAUGCAGUAUUUAUGUGGUGGGACCUGAACAUGGACGAGGACAAGGAAAUUUUGCUGAGCUGCGCGCCAGUUUGGGAACACCCGUACACAAAGCUGGAGGAAAAUAAAGGGCUUACUAUGACUGAAAUGACUGACAAGCUCCCUUGGCGUGAUCACUGGAUGCAGGCGAUCUACUAUCUUCCUGAAGAAAUACCUAUAAAAAUGAACGAGCAAGUAACUCUGGUCGGUUAUCACGACGGCUACUCGUUUUGGUUCAACUUGCCGGUUUCCAAUGAGUCCAAGCUUAAAUUCACCAAGAGUCCUGUCUGUGAUUGCUCGCUGCACAUUGCGUACUCAAGAACGAGGCUCGGCCAGUUGAACGACUGCGAGAGGAAUGAAAAGUAUAUAAGUGUGUUGAAGAAACAUAUCACGUCGGACACUACCUGCCUUUGCUUAUCCGACGGCUCUUUAAUUGGAGUCGCGGCUGCUAAUCUGGGAGCCAAAAAAGUUGUUUUGUUUGAGCCUAAUUAUUUGUCUCGAAGAUCUAUUGAAUAUUUCAUUGAAGCUAAUCACCUGAAAGACAAGGUGGAAAUUAUUGAAUCUAUUGAACAGUUUACUUGCAAAGAUUAUGAUAAAUCCAACUGUUUAAUUAUUGGAGAGCCUUAUUACGCCAAUUCAAUUUUUCCGUGGGAUAAUUUAAGAUUUUGGUAUUUAACCUCGGCUUAUAUGAAAGGAAUUCCUGCGAUUCCAGUGGCGGCAAUUAUUCGAGGAGUCGUCGUGGAGUUUAAAGAUCUUCAUCAUAUCCGCGCACCACUUGGAGUCUGCGAAGGAUUUGAUUUGACUAUUUUUGAUAAAUUAAUUAUGUCUUCCAGUGAAAUUAGUGAUCAUCCAGUAGAGGUACAUCCACUUUGGGAGUACACGGGGCGAGCACUAUCAGCGACCUUUGAUGUCGCGACUUUUAGGUUUGAAGAUGACUUUGAUAGUGAGAGUAAGAAGGAAUUUUCUGGUCAAGUGCCGAUUCUUGAAGAAGGAUCAUGCAAUGGAGUAGCUUUAUGGAUAGACUGGUCCCUAGAUUCUGAAACAGUAGUCUCAACAGGACCUUCAAAGCCCGUCGUCGCCGGUCAGAGAAUAUCCUGGGACAUGAACAACCGUCAAGGUGUCCAUCUCCUGCGAAAAAUCCAAAACGUCAACAAACAAAACUCUCUUUCAUGGUUCUUCAAAUACCAUAACGAAGACUACGAAUAUUUUGACUUCAAGUCUUCCAUAAAAUUCAUUUGA